CGAGAAUUAGGGUUUCAGAUUUUUGCUAUAUAUUAGCUUUCUUUGUCCUCCUCCUCCUCCUUCGCAGGCUGUGCGUUCUCAGCAGCAUUUACUCAUCAGCUGCAGGUUCGAAAUAAAGGAUUUUGAAGAAGGAAAAUGUCAGGAGAAGAGGGUGUUGUUGCUGUUGAGGCACCUGCUGCCUCCGCACUUGGGGAGCCCAUGGACAUAACGACGGCCUUACAACUUGUGCUUAGGAAAUCACGGGCUCAUAGUGGGCUUGCUCGAGGUCUGCAUGAAGGUGCAAAGGUGAUCGAGAAGCAUGCUGCUCAGCUUUGUGUUUUGGCAGAGGACUGUAACCAGCCAGAUUACGUUAAACUUGUCAAAGCACUUUGUGCUGACCACAAUGUGAGCUUAGUAACAGUGCCAAGUGCUAAGACUCUCGGCGAAUGGGCUGGUCUGUGCAAGAUUGAUUCAGAAGGCAAGGCAAGAAAGGUCGUGGGUUGCUCUUGUGUUGUAGUGAAGGAUUAUGGGGAGGAAUCAGAAGGUCUCCAUAUCGUUCAGGAGUACGUGAAGUCUCACUGAGUGACUAGAUAGAAGACAGAUAUGCGUUGCCCUAUUUAAUGUUGGCUUGUGAGUCUGGAGUAUCUUAGAAUAUCCUUGCCCCUUUUAGUUGGUUUGAAGAACGUAACUUGGGAGGAAAAAAAAUUUUGAUGUUCUGAGUACCUUCUAUAAAUUUAAGAAAAUUUGAGUGUUGCAGACUAUCAAUAUUCUCUUUGGAAUGAAGUAUGCUCCUGUGCUUGUGCU